AUGUUGAGGCUCAUCGAAGUAAGUAAACAUUUAAUUGGCAGGCUUUGUGAAGCCGAAGGAAACUGUAGGCAAUGUGCUGAUACACGAUACUCUUACUAUAGAUGCACACAACAGGACGAUUGCUUUCUUGGAGAGCUAUGUGAUCGUGGUUUUUGCUGCCCGACUCUACUUCGCCCAGUUGUUAGUUUACAACGUGAAGGUAAGACACUUCUGAAUAAGCCGGAAAACUCGCACACGAACGAGGAGGCGCUGUGCCCAGACGGGUCUCAUUGGACGAAACGUUGCCAUCAAGACAACGAAUGUGCCGCCGGAACUGAAAUAUGCGCCGAAGGAAAGUGUUGUGCAAUAAGGGCCUUUGCAAAAUGUUCACUCUUUGUCUGUAGACAAUGCCGUGUCGGCACGGAGUCCUGUUGGUGUGUAACACCACUGGGACGACGUGUAGUCGGAAUCGGAACGGAAUGUGAAUCGAGGCGAAGGAAACAGGAGAAUAUGGUGAUGAAAGCUGUGAAGCUUCGAGAUGAGCUAAUUCGAGGCAAGAUAUGCGAGGAGUAUCGCAAUGGCGAUUGCCCGUCAUCGUCUACUGAGAACGACACCGUAUUGCCGUGUCUUUGCGAUUCGGACUGCCCGCCUUCUCGGAAGUGCUCACUAACUGUACUCACAAUGCUCGCUGAAUGGUUCUUCUCCUUAACUAAACUCUCAUUCGUACCAUCGGCCGUACAAUCAUUGACGCUUAUCUGUGGUAUGAAUGAACAAUUCUCCUCUUGUCAUACACCUUGUCAACCGUCAUGUGAUGAUCCUGCACUGGCUCCAUGUCCACCACCUACCUGCACACCUGGGUGUCAUUGCCAACCUGGAUUCAUCCGCGCAGACGGUUCGGUGCGAUCCGCUUGCGUACCGCGCGCGGCCUGUGCGAUGUACGACUUGACGCGGCGAUGUGUCGAUGAACGACGACAGUACCAUAGUUGUGGAUCAGCGUGUCCAGUUAGCUGUGACAACAGGAAUUCACCCAGAUGUCAUGAAAGUUGUGUAUCCGGAUGCUUUUGUCGAAUACCAUAUGUGCUCGAAAAUGGUAACGAUCCACUUCAUUCACGCUGCAUUCUUCCAUCGCAAUGUCCGCUUGUUACUUUGAGCAACCGUGAGAGUCCAAGCGGUUCAGUCAGAUCUGGGGUUCCAGUUUCAAAUAAGGUAAUCAUUCAAAGAACUGUCAUAUUACCAGCCACAGAAAAGCUCGUCGUGAUCUAUCCGACUCCUGGAACUGCGACGCUACUUCCCGAUACCAAGCAAUGCAGUGAUCCACUGAAAAACUACUUUAAUUGUGGGACGAGUUGUCCUGUUGGAUGUAACGAUCUCACUCCAUCAACGACAUGCAGCUUAGCAUGUGUUUCUGGAUGCUUUUGUCGAUCACCGUAUAUCCUAAUGGAUGCUAGGGAUCCACAAUCUGGAUGUGUGUUACCGAUGCACUGUCCACAUAGCUCCUCUCCGACUGGUUCAUGUGCCGAUCCGCGAAAGGUGUGGACAAGUUGUGGAGCACUUGGAUGUGCUCGAUCAUGUACGAAUCCUUUGGGUCGAUGCGAAGCCGGUCUUUGCUCGCCGGGUUGUGUGUGCCGAGAACCGUACGUGCUGCAGGAUCCCAUGGAUCCGUCGUCUCGUUGUGUGCUGCCAUCGGAAUGUGCGCGCAAGUGUAACGAUCCGCUAAAGGAGUUUGUGGUCUGUGGCUCGUCAUGCCCUGUCGGCUGCGAUAACCGUAGACCACAGAGUUGUACACCGUGUGAAUCGGGUUGCUUCUGUAAAAAUGGUUGGUUUUCAGAACUACCACGACAAUGUCCAACUACAACAGUUGACAUCGGUGGCAGGCCCUGUGCUGCAGAUUCAGAUUGCCCAACGGAUCAGCAUUGUUGCCGAUCGCUGAUCCUCUCGUUGGGCGCAAAUCCUCAACGAUGCACCUGUGCGGAUCCGAACGCAGUCUGGUCGGCAUGUGGUAGUCUGUGUCCGGAAUACUGUGGACAAUCGGUGCCUCAUUGUUCGUCAACAUGCAAUCCUGGUUGCCAGUGUGCUUACGGCUUCGUCAGAGCAAGGAAUGAUGUCACGGCACCAUGUGUUCUACGGACGAGUUGUCCUAAUAUCACAAUAGGUAGUAUUGUUAAGCUUGCUACAGCAAAUCUGGUGCCGGCUCAAAAAUCAGUCACUGGUCGAUUCAGCUUCACACAAAUCAGUGCAAACAAUCUUCGUAUAAGUGGUGUUCUUACUGGUUUACCACGUGGAGAACACGCUGUGCUCAUUCAUCAGUUCGGCGAUCUGUCCGAUGGUUGUAGUCGCUUGGGACCACCGUUCCUCUUCAAAAGGGGUUUUCUUUCCGUGUUUUUAGUUGACGAUUCACAUUCGGCAUCGUUCGUUCGUGUCGUUGAUUGGCCCAUCGCCGAUGUUGUCGGUCGUUCAAUAGCCAUUUAUAGGUAG